AUGCAAAAGUGGAGUAUGAAUUGUCUGAUUCCAUGGCACUGUUGCCAGUGGCCAGUACUGGCAGUUGGUAAGACAGCCCAGGGGACUCCUGAGAUGGGUCAGGUGAGGGGCAAGAAGGCAUCUCAGUCCCCUGACCAUGAAAAAUGGAUCCAAGCUGCCAUCUUGGGAGUUGCCAAUGGGUUGUACAAAUCCUACUCAGAAGCUGCCAAGGCUGAGGGGAGGAAGUGCUUGUUGAUUGGUGCUGACAGAACUCUAGUAGUGCCACCCCCCUCCAUUUCAAAAAUCUUUGUGCUUGAGCAUUUCAGGGGCCUCAAUCCUAAAAGGGCUCAAAACUUCAACAAAAUGGCUGUCAAAGAAUAUUUUAAGCUUCAGCAUGAGCUGGAAGAAAAAUAUGAUGGCAUACCUCCUGAACAUCACUGGAAUAUGGAUGAGAAGGGCUGUCAGAUGGGUGGAGGGAGGCAAGGUUCAGGCAUGAAAUUUAUUUUCAGCUUGGAGGACAAGGAACAUUAUCAUCUACAUAGUGACAACCUGGAGUUGGUCUCUAUCAUUGAAUGUGUCAAUGCAGCAGAUCAAGAACUAUGUGAGACAUGGUUUCAAGAGACAUUCAUUCCAAAUGCACUUGCAUGUCAGGUUGAUGAUAAACCUAUUGUUCUUUCUGUGGAUGGACAUGAUUCACAUGAAACAGACAAGCUCAAGCAGUUGCAUAUGAAUAUGGCAUCAUUGUCCUUGCAUUCCCUUCAAAAAAGACACACAAACUUCAACCCCUGGAUGUUGGAGUUUUCUCAUCUCUCCAGCAGAAAUGGACUGCUCAUUGUGGGCAAAUACAUGAAGGUUCACAAGAAAGCCAUGAUGCCUGAGCUCAUCAAGAAGUCAUUUUCUCACACUGGGAUUUAUCCUUUCAACCCAGACAUCUUUACUGAUAGGGAUUUUGCUCCCAGUAGAGCCACCUCCUGUAAUGCCCACCUUCCACCUUCCUAUCCACCAGAAGUUCCCAUACCUCAAGCUUCCUCUUCAAUGACUCCAAUGGACAAUGAGUCAGAUGAGGAUGGUAAUGACAAGGAAUUCUCCUAUGAUCCAGCCUUAGAUGGCACUCACAAAGCAUUCCAGGAUCAUGGAUUCCCUUGUUUCUCAUCUCUGACAACCUUCAGUUCCCAAAAUGGGACUCAUGUACCUAUGGAACCUACCCUUCUCUCUGGCAACAGAACAAUCACUUCAUCAGAAAAUUCCUCAGAGUCUACUGGAGGCAAAAUAACAAUACCUGAGGACCACAUGCAUGCUCUACCUGCAAUGCAAGUGGAUGAAUGCAAACCUAUGCCUGUCUAUGGAUGCACACCAUUCACUGGACCAGUACUCCCACUUGUCUUGCUUGCACAAUAUUCAGAGACGAGCAAAGAAGAUGGCUGGGAAUAUAUUUGCCAGCUUCAUGCAGAAAAUCAGGCCCUUGUGACCACUGUGGCAACCCAAGCAGCUCAACUUGAAUCUUCAAAUACUCACUGUACUAUGGUGAGAUACAAGAUAUCAGCCCUAUGGGAGCAACAGGCUAGCAAGAAAAAGGGAAAGGCAUGGAUGAUGAAAUUCUCAGCUUGA